UUGGAAACAAGUUUUGAUUCUCAGUCGCACUUAUUGCGUUAUGGGAGCUGUACGUCGUCUUUAGAGUUUUCUAGUAAACAUCUAAUAAAAAUAUAACUAUAACAGAAAAAAAAAUUUAUAUAUAUAUUGUGCUACAAAUCACUACAGGAUGAUAUCACGUAUAAUCCUGUUAGGAACAAUUGUACUUUUUACAGCUUUGCUUGUAGUUGAUGUUUCUGCUCAUGAAGUGGAAAAACGUCAAGCUUUUGGACAGCGUGGCAGAUUUAGACAAAGGCUUCGACCUACUACAGAAGAACAGAUACAUAGUAUUAAAGAAACAGCUGCACCUCCUCCACCUCCACCUCCGCCACCUCCUCCCACAUCAGGAGUAGGAACGAAUAGAAGAAGUCGAUUUAGAAUUAGAUUAAGAGUUACAACACCAGCAGAACCCGAAGAUUCUGAAGAGGAGGAGGAAGAAGAAGAAGAAGAAGAAGAUUCUCCUCCUAUUCAGUCAGCAGUACGUUCAGCGCCCCAGUCUCUUCCUCCUCCCGAAGAAGAAGAUGAAGAAGAGAUAAAAGAAGACCACGAGGAAAGUGUUCCAGAUCCAAAAGAUACUGUAGUGGAAACUCCAGCUCCACCAAAACCUAAGAUUUUAUCUUCUAGACGAAGACCUCUUAAUAAAUAUAAUCCCCCUGUCCGUCCUGUUUCGACAUCUUCGCCUGUUACCAGACCUCCACCUACAAGUAAAGAAAUUGUAGAAACAAAACCGCCUGUAGUAAAAACGACUUUACCGCCCACUCCGCCCCCUGCACCCGCAAUACCUUUUGCCUCUCCUUUUGAUGGAUUAUCUCAACCAUCUCCAGAAGACUUACAAGAAUCCAUUCAACCUGCCCCACCAAAAUCUCCACCAUCUAAUUCUCGUAAAACAUUUCAAUCUCGUGCAAAAGUCGAAGAACCUGAAGAAUUACCUGCCCCAGUUAAGCCACAGCCAAACACCAGAAGAACACCUUCACGUUCCUUCAGACUAAGACCAGUUUCUAUUAAAAGUGAUGAUGAGGCAAAACCUGUAAGAAAUUCUCAGGGAUCUAAUAACAAUUACAGAAGUAGACCUACACCUGCUACUAAAGAUGAAGUAAAGCCUCAAAGAGCAUCUUCAUCACAAUCUAAUAGAAGAAAUCAAUCACCAAAUUAUAGAGGACGUCCGGCUUUAGAUUCAGAAGAUUAUCCUGAAGACGAGGAAGAAGAAGUAUAUGCUCGACCUCCAUCGAAUAGUCGAAGAUCGGGUUAUCGACGAAGACAACAUUAUCCCGAAGAAGAUGAUGAUGAAUACUUUCCACCAGCUAGAGCACCACAGAAACCACGUUCAUCGAGUAGAGGUCGUUAUAAUCAACCUUCAGAUUAUCAAGAUGAACUUCCAAGAACACGUUCUCAUUCUUCCAGACAUAGAUCACAAAGCCGAUAUCGCCCACGUCCAGUGGAAGAAGAACGUUAUGAUCAAAUCCCAGCUAGUAACAGAAGGAAACCUUCACGGGUAAGAAAUCCUUCUAUCUAUACAGAAGAAGAACCCGAAUACAUAGACGACGAUUAUGAAGAUGAACCACCACCACCACCACCGCGUCGCCCUUCACGACAUAGAACGAGGGGACGUUAUCGACCUCAAACGCAAUAUGGUCCUGAAGAUUAUCCACCAGAACCACCACCACAAAAACCGCGUACAACUAGUACGACAACAACAACUACAACGACUACCACUACUACAACAACAGCAAGGCCGAAUGUAACAGUUGUACCAGGAACAUAUCGACCUCGUUCUGACGGAAGGAUCAUCAAUUAUUUAUCUGAUCCUAACUAUCCUAGAGAAUUAAUAGGUGUAGAUCUUACCAAUUAUCCUUUCUACAUCACAGUACCUGACGAUAUUGUAUUUGAUUGUGACGAUCGUCACGAUGGUUAUUACGCAAGUGUUCCUCAUUUUUGUCAAGUGUUCCACUAUUGUGCUAAUGGCAUUCGUUAUUCAUUCCUCUGCCCAAAUUACACCCUUUACGAUCAAACGACCUUCACUUGUAGGUUUGUUAAUAAUGUGGACUGCGAAAAAUCGCCCAACUAUUACAACCGUAACGAUGAGUUAUAUGUUGAAACUACAACGCUAAGUGAUGACGAACAGGAAUUAUCAAAAAAGAAAAAGAAGAAAAAUUAAAUAGCUGGAGAUCGUAUUGUUCCAGAAAACAAAUUAUCUUUCCUAUUCCGCUCGUAAGAGCAGCGGUGAUAAGGUUGGCCAUAUCGAAACAGUAAUUUUUGGAAAAGUUCUUUGAUGUUUUGAAGCAGUAUAAUAAGUUCCCUCUCUAAAAAAAAUAUCACUCCAAUUAAAAACUAAAAAAAUAAAUCUUCAGAUAAAAAAAAAAUAUUAUAUUAACUAGCAAGAUGAUUUUUUAAAAGUUUCUUACCGAGUUUAUAACCAUUUUACAGUUGUUCUGGCCUAGAAUUAAGUAUUUAUGUAACAAAAUAAAAUUUUUAAUUAUUUAAAUAAUAUUGAAAUCAACUUUUCAUGUCUUUUCACUGUCUUCUUCAAUAUUACUGACAUUAAUUAUGAAAUUUUUAGUGAAAAAUCAGAUAUUUUUUUUUUUAUAUUUCAACUUUAAGAUACUAAGGAUUCAGCAUUAUGCCACAAAAUUUAUUAUUAUAAUAAAUACAGUUAUAAUAGAAGUAUUAUAUAUUUCUUUUUAAUUAAAUAAAUAUAAUCUAAUUUUAGCUGUGGUAAAUGAAAAUAUAUUCAAUAUCCAGAAAGGUAUUUUAUAAAAUUUAAUUAUCAUUAUUGCUUUAUGAAUCAGAUAAAAUGCAAGUCUAUUCUACGCGUAAAUUUCUUGUGGUGAAUCAGAAAAGUUUUCGGACCAUAAAAAAAGAAGAAAAAAUGUUAAAUUUCUUCGAAUGAAGAGAUAAAAAGCAUAUUGUUUUGAUUUUCGUUGUUAUAUAUAUAUAUACAUAUAUUUUUUCUUGCUUAUAAUAAAGGAAUAGUUGCCUA